CAACAUCCGGUGUAUUAACACAACUUCCUGUUUUGACCUCGUGCAGCAGUUUUUACUGAUUAUUUAAAUUAAAUCAACUGGGCAGCUGAAUUUGAGUAACUAUGGCAACUUCAGAAAAAGAAAAGCCGUUCUUCCAAAAUAUCAAUGCUGAUGAUGGACCAGAAGUUACCGAGAUAGAAAGUAUUUGUGUCAACUGUGAAGAGCAGGGUACAACUCGAUUAUUGUUCACGAAAAUUCCAUUUUUCCGUGAAGUUAUUGUGUCUUCGUUCUCGUGCGACCACUGUGGUUACCACAACUCUUCAUUGCAGCCUGGAGGGAGUAUACAGAACAAAGGCGUUCGUUACCGAAUCCGGAUAAAGAACCAAGAGGAUCUCAAUCGACAAGUCGUUCAAACGCCUUCAGCUACAGUCUUAAUUCCAGCUCUCGAGUUUGAGAUGCCACCCAACAAGGGAGUGCUGACCACGGUGGAAGGAAUCAUUGACAGAGCUGUUGAUGGACUGGAACAAGACCAGGUUCUGCGUAAAAUUCAGCAUCCAGAGGUAGCGGCCAAGAUUGACGAAUUCGUCAAGAGGUUGAAAGAACUGAAAAAUGUGGAACAACCAUUUGAGUUGAUUGUGGAUGAUCCUUCUGGGAACAGCUUCAUAGAAAACCCUCGUGCUCCGAAUGUCGACCCGGAGCUGUCAGUGAUGCACUACAUGAGAUCAACCGAACAGAAUCAUGAGCUUGGACUCUACACCCAAGCAGAACUUCAAGAUGAUGGAACUAAAAAGAGUGAAGAGGAAAAUUUCACUGGAGAAGAUGAGGUGAUGCAGUUUCAGAGUUUGUGUCCAAACUGCAAGGCCCAGUGUGAGACCAACAUGAAGAUUGUCGAUAUCCCUCACUUCAAGAAGGUCGUUCUCAUGGUAACGCUGUGUGAUGAGUGUGGUUACAAAGAGAGUGAAGUCAAGGGAGGGACGGGGAUCGAACCGAAGGGCAUCAAGAUUGAUCUGCAUAUUACAAACAAACGUGACAUGUUAAGAGACGUCAUAAAGAGCGAAUCUUCCAAAAUAAUAAUUCCGGACCUUGAUUUUGAAACUGGAUCAGGAACUCUGGGCGGAAAAUUCAGCACUGUCGAGGGAUUGCUGAUAGAUAUUAAAACACAGUUACGAGACUUGAACCCAUUUUUCCAUGGCGACAGCUCCCAGCCUGACCUUGUGACCAAACUGGAAAUCUUCUGCCAGAAGAUAGAUAAGAUAAUUACUGGAGAAACUCUUGACAUUCAUUUUAUCCUGGAUGAUCCGGCUGGUAACAGCUAUAUUGAGAAUCCCCAUGUACCAGACAAAGACCCCGAGUUAUGUGUUAGCCAUUACGAGAGAAACUUUGAACAGAAUGAGGAACUGGGGCUUAAUGACAUGAAGACAGAAAAUUAUGAAGAUUCGUGACGUUACCAAUUACAAGAGAAACUUUGAACAGCAUGAGGAAAUGGGACUUAAUGAGAUAGAGAGAGAAAAUUAUAAAACAUUCUUGACUCUUGACUUCAUGUUGUUAGCAAGUCACAGAACAUUAUUCUUAGUAAUGUAUUUAUUUGUUUUGCUGGUCAGAUAUAAAUGGUGAAAUAUUUCA